AUGGGUCCUAAUUGGGAUUUUUUCAUUCUACCUUCGAAGGGAUUAUCUGGUGGCAUUAUGAUUCUAUGGAGAUUUGAUAUUGGUUCAUUCACAGUGCUAAAGAAUAUAGAUCAAUGUGUUAUUGGUGAUCUUAAUGCCUUUAAUAAUGGUUGUUGGAUGAUUACUACUGUUUUUGGGAACAAGGAGGCUUACAAGAGAAGAUUGUUUUGGGAUUGCAUACAAGAACAAUCACAAAGGAAGAUUCCAUAUGUAAUUGGAGGAGACUUUAAUUGUAUUCUUUCACAAGAGGAAAAGAGAGGAUGUAAGAAAUUUGUCUACUCUCAAGGUUCCUUAGAAAUGCUUAAGUUUAUGAAUGAUAACGACUAUCAUGAUAUUGGGAUGGUUGGUCCAAGAUAUACUUGGUGCAAUAAUAAACAUGGAAGUGCAAGAAUUUUAGAACGUUUGGAUAGAUGCUUGUUGAACUCAUUGGCUAUACAAAAGAUUCAAAUUGUAAUGGUUAGACACUUAGCUAGAUUGGCUUCUGACCAUUGCCCUAUUGUGCUAAAAAUUUUUGUUGAAAUUAGAAGCAUGGCAAGAUGUAUUAAAUUUGAAGAUGUAUUGUUAUCGUUCAAGACAUCAAAACACAUUGUUUCAAAAACCUGGAAGAAAUAUUUUGUUGGGGAUGAGAUGGAAAUACUAAACAAGAAAUUUAAGAAAGCAUUAAAUGACUUAUUCCAUUGGAGCAAGAAUAAGCUUGAAGAUUUUUCUAGAGAAAAAUCCAGAUUAAAGGCUGAAAUUCUUUUACUCCAAGAAGAAGAAGCUACCAAUGGCUGGCUGGAAGAUGAGAAGGUUUGGAUGCUUAAAUCUAAAGUAAAAGAACUCAAUGUUAUUCUCAAUCACUUGAACACUUGGUGGAAGGAAAGGGCAAAAGUGAAGUGGAAUGUUGAAGGUGAUUCAAACACCAAGUUCUUUCAUUCAUUUGCCAAUGCUAAAAGAAAUACCAACUGGAUCUCUCAUGAUAAAAAUAUGGAAGGCCAAAUCACCGAAGAUUAA